AUGAGCAAGUACAAACCAAACUUGAGACUUAAUUUAAGCCUCGACAAGAAAGAAUAUAAAAGUUCUGGAUUAACUAAAAAGAGCUCAGCCCAUUCUACACCAAGAAGACCACUAGAAACAUCUAAUAAGCCAAUCCAAAAAUCAGUCAAAAAUAAGCCAAAUGUCCCUAUCCUCGCACUUGAAAACUUCCAGAGUGAGUUUAAUAGUAUCAAUGCCUUAUUAACGACAUCAAGAGCUCGCUCAUCAUCUAAAAAUAUAGCAAGCGAAAACAUUUCAUUAAAUGCCACUAGCACAUCAAAACCUGGAAAUAUCGUGAACUCUGCUUUACUAGCACCUAAAUCCUUUAAUCAGUCUCCAAGGCUUCCUACAAAAGCUUCUGAAAUCGCUUCAAGUAUUUCUAAAGAAAACAUUGACCAGAAUUUUCAAAAUUUUAAACCCCCACUUUCGGCGGGUACAGUACUUAAAAAUUUAAAAAAUAGCUUAACUGAGUAUGAGCAAGGCGAAAUUUUAUAAGUGUUUUCCCUAUAUAGCCCAAUAAGUGCCGUGGGUUCUCCGUGGAAUCCCUCUGCUGAUUGAACCAACCAGUGAAUUGGCAAAACAACGCACUGGGUUGGUUUGAUCAACAGAGGGAUUCCACGGAGAACCCACGGCCCUUAUGGGGCCAUAUAGGGAAAACUCCUAUAGCAUAUGAAGAAAUUUAUUUUAUUGGCAGUAUUGCUAGCAAACUGAAUUACAGUGAAGCUAAUUAUUCAUAUGAUGAUGAAAAAGGAGACUACAAAGCAAAAAUUGGCGAUCAAAUGCAUUACCGCUAUGAAAUCGUCCAAAAAAUAGGAAAAGGAUCUUUUGGGCAAGUUUUCAAAGUAUAUGAUCACAAAGAUAAACAAUACGCAGCGCUGAAAGUAAUUAAAAACAAAAAAAGGUUCCAUCAGCAAGGCUUUGUAGAGGUAAAAGUUUUAUAUCUCUUUAAUAUGAUAUCAUUAUUUUUAUCCAAAAAUAAUAUAAAACCAGUUUUUCAUUGCCAAAUUAUUCAAUAAAGAUAUAAAAACCUUAAAGCAAAACGACCCCCAAAAUAAAUAUAACGUCGUCCACAUGCUCGAAAGCUUUAUAUUUAGAAAACAUUUAUGCAUAGUCUUUGAACUUUUAAGCACAAACCUCUACGAUUUCAUGAAAAGUAAUCACUUUCACGGUCUUUCUGUCCCAUUAAUCAGAAAAUUUGCUUUCCAAAUGCUGCAAUGUUUAAAGCUUUCUAAAAGGCUCAAUAUAAUCCAUUGUGAUUUAAAGCCAGAAAACGUGCUACUUAAACAAAGCAAUAGGUCAAGCAUAAAAGUCAUUGAUUUUGGCUCAGCUUGUUUUGAGGAACAGAAAUUGUAUACAUAUAUACAAAGCAGGUUUUAUAGGGCGCCUGAAAUAAUAUUAGGGAUUCCGUAUAGUCCUGCAAUUGAUAUGUGAAGCUUAGGCUGCAUUUUAGUGGAGCUUUAUACAGGGUAUCCUCUUUUUCCAGGAGAAAAUGAGAAUGAUCAGCUGCAAUGUAUGAUGGAAUUAAAAGGGUUACCUCCUUAUCAAGUUUUGCAAAGAGCUUCGAGAGGGAAGGUAUUUUUCCAUGCGUCUGGGAAUCCUAUUUUGCAAGCAAAUUCUAGAGGAAAAAUAUGUAUUGUUGAUAAGAAUGAUUAAGGAAAUUUAGGCUGGAACUGCGCAUUGUGUUGAGCAUAUAUGGUCUAGGGAGAUAUAUUUAUAAUAAAUAUGGGAUUUUUUAUAAUAAAAUUUUUAUAUAAGAGGUUUGUUAUAAAUGUAUAUACGAUAUCCAGGAACCAAAGCUUUAAGUGAAAUAUUAAAAGGAACUGAGCUGAAUUUCCAAAUUUUCAUAGAAAAAUGCUUAGAUUGAAAUGCAAGCACCAGGAUGACGCCUGAAGAAGCUUUAGCUGACCCUUGAAUUCUUGAUGGUCUCUCCCGGGUCCAAGCAGUUUCCACUCCACGAGCUGAAAUAGCCCGUGCGAACUCAAACCGGGCGCUCCAAGCCCACUUUGAGCCUUCCAAAUACGCCCAAUCCACCCGUCACAGCAAUCUUGGAAAUUUUGCAUUUUAA